AUGAAGCAACGACUAUAUGGACCCAUUGACCGAAAUGCUAUACGAUGGAACCUGGCCUCAAAUAAUCUCCACAAAUGUUGCAACACAACUGCCUUUCAAAUUUCUCCAUUUUCCACUCUGUUCUUUAGAAAUUCACCUAACUUGAGUACAAAUAUGCUCCUCAAUAAGAGCUUCUUAAGAUUUGACAAAAAAUCAGCACGGGAAAGUCGAUUGAAUACCGAGUUCGAGCAAUCUCACAAAACCUUCGAAGACCAGAGAAACCUCAUCGUAGAAAAGUUCCAAGACCAAAGCUCCAUAGAGCUUCUAUUUAAAAAUAAUGCUCAGCAACCUGGUAGCUGUGUGACCUCAAAGGAUGAAUUAUUGGAAUCCUUAAACAAUGGAGAUCCUUUACUGUACUUUUCUCCUGUUCAGCACUCAAUAAUGUGCCUUGCUUCACACCUAUUAAACUCAGUAAUGGUAGAAUUGAAUUUGCGUAGACAGUUCAUAAUAGAUGAUCCAAUUCAGCGGGUACCUAGUUCCUUCUUUUUCCGAGAAAACAUUAUCGAUCAGAUCAAGGAUACUGAAAGGAACAGAGAGAUUCUACAAAUACUAGAAUUAGUUUCAGAGCCUUCCAAUGAUAAGAACAAUACUAGCAGAUCUUCUAAGUCAAUAUUGGAUAUCAUUGAACGUUUGGACCAAAACGAAUUGAAGAGAUUAAUCAAUCAUAGCCUAAAGACAUCAGAUUCAUUUAAUGAUAUAGAAUUCUGGAGACUUAACUUCAACUAUUACAAGUCAGGCCAAUAUUUGAACUAUGACCAUUCAGAUACCUUUAAAAAUAUUCAAAACCUAAAAUUGAUUGACUUUCAGAGUCCUGUGGUUGAUAAUUCGGAGUAUGUAGCAAGAAUUGAUAAAAUAUUCGUAAACUAUAAUUUGCAGAAGGAUAAUAAUCACUUGUCACGGCAUAUAACGUUGAUGUUGGAGUUGAUCGAGGUACUUCUUGGGACUAAGAAGUAUACCCCGAACUUCGGCAUGUUUCUGCAUUUGCUUUCUAAAUUAAUGGAGCAACAAGAUGCUGUUGACGUUACUGAAAACCAGGAUGAGUUGUACAAUAUACAGAGCUUGGUAUACCACUCUUUACCUUUACACGAGCAUAGACAAACUAUUUUGGCAACGCCAAACCUGGCUGCGACCACUUCAGAUGCAAAGUUAACCUUAAAUUCGAGUACCUCUUCAUUUGUGACGGCUAGCAGGCUAUCUUACCAUUUUAAGCAUUUGGUUGUGGAGGAUCCAGACAUUUUAAAGCCGCUAAUUAAGUAUCAGGUUUCUCGAAAAGAUGUAUCAACGUUCAUGCAGAUAUUGAACUUUUACAGAUUGAUCGAAGUACUGGCCUAUGAGAAGACUUUAUCUAAAACAAUCUUAUCGAGUCUAGUCUCAAAAUCUAGAUUUGUGAACCAACGAGCAGCUGCAUUGGACCCUUUGAAAGAUGUCAUAUUUUACGACGUUUCUAGACCACUAUUAGUCGAUGUGAGCACAAUAUAUGCCUCAAUUGAAGCAUGCUUGGACUUGGAAAGAUUUGAGUACAUUGACUUACUCCUAAGUAAGCUCAUACUCUUUUAUGUUAGAAGUGAUAAUGAGUUUGACAAGAAAGUGGCACUUUCAUUUGGAUCAGAAUCGUCUCCAUAUUCUUUGAUGCUUGCUGAGGAAAAAGUCACUCCUAGUCAAUUUUCAUUGGAGAUCUUUACUAAAAAUUUACUCCAAUUACUAUUGAGAGCUUGUAGAGAAGGUAAAGACUAUGGAAGAUUACUAUGGAUAAUCCCGCACCUUGAUUAUUAUAUCGCUACUUACAUGAAAGAUGAAAAAUCUGUACAACAUAUUCAAAGAAUUAAGAAGUUCUAUAGAGAGUCCAUAUUGGAGGGUAACUACGGUAAUGUAUCAGAGUUCGAAGAACACGAGAAAGAUGCUGCUUUUGAUUCCAACCUCAUUGCAUCCAUAUACGAAACCAUGAAGUUUUUUGAAGUGGAUGGGAAAGUGUACACUCUCAACAAAUUGUUUGAUUUCGAAAAUACGAUUGAUGAAAAGGUAAGAAGUAGAGGAAGUUAA